AUGAUGACAUCGGUGGGCACUAACCGAGCCCGGGGGAACUGGGAGCAGACACAGACACAGAGCCAGACACAGCACGAAGGGGCAGCGCAAGCCACUGCAGAACAGAUCCGACUUGCACAGAUGAUUUCAGACCACAACGACGCUGACUUUGAGGAGAAGGUGAAACAACUGAUUGACAUCACAGGCAAGAACCAGGAUGAGUGUGUGAUUGCUCUGCAUGACUGCAAUGGGGAUGUCAACAGAGCCAUCAACGUGCUGCUGGAGGGCAACCCGGACACGCAUUCCUGGGAAAUGGUCGGGAAGAAGAAAGGUGUCUCAGGACAGAAGGAGAGUGGACAGACAGAACCCAGUGAAGAAAGCAAAGAAAACCGGGAGAGGGAUCGGGAUUUCAGCCGGCGACGUGGUGGGCUGCCCAGGCGGGGCCGGGGGACCAGCCGUGGGAGAGAGUUUCGGGGCCAGGAGAAUGGACUUGAUGGUGGUAAGAGUGGAGGAUCUUCUGGAAGAGGCACAGAAAGAGGGAGACGGGGACGUGGCCGAGGCCGAGGUGGCUCUGGAAGGCGAGGGGGAAGAUUUUCUGCCCAAGGCAUGGGAACUUUCAACCCUGCCGACUACGCCGAGCCGGCCGGUGCGGACGAGAACUACGGGAACAGCAACAACAACACGUGGAACAACACGGGCAGCUUCGAGCCAGAUGAUGGCACAAGUGCAUGGAGGGCGGCGACAGAAGAAUGGGGCACAGAGGACUGGAAUGAAGAUCUGUCUGAGACUAAGAUCUUCACCGCCUCCAACGUGUCUUCAGUGCCUCUGCCUGCUGAGAAUGUGACAAUCACAGCUGGACAGAGAAUCGAUCUUGCAGUUCUGCUAGGAAAAACACCCUCUUCUAUGGAGAAUGAGUCAACAAACCUGGAGUCUUCCCAGGCUCCUUCCCUGGCCCAGCCACUGGUGUUCAGCAAUUCCAAGCAGAGUGGGAUAUCUCAGCCUGCCUCUGGGAACUCCUUCUCUCACCACAGCAUGGUGAGCAUGCUGGGGAAAGGGUUUGGAGAUGUCGGGGAGGCCAAGGGCAGCAGUACCACAGGUUCUCAGUUCCUGGAGCAGUUCAAGACAGCCCAGGCCUUGGCCCAGCUGGCUGCUCAGCACACCCAGACUGGUGGAAACACCACUGCUCCUUCCUGGGACAUGGGAUCCACCACGCAGACCUCAUCUCUCGUGCAGUAUGAUCUCAAGAACCCAGCGGACUCCUCAGUGCACAGUCCCUUCGCCAAGCGCCAGGCCUUCACCUCCACCUCCACCAUGAUCGAAGUGUUCAUGCAGGAGAAGCAGCCUGUGGUGACUGCCUCCACAACUGUGCCGGCCCCACCAUCCUCCCCGCUGCCCAGCAAAACCAAUCCUGUCCCCCAGAUGUCCCCGGGGUCCUCAGACAACCAGUCCUCCAGCCCUCAGCCAGCACAGCAGAAGCUGAAGCAGCAGAAGAAGAAGGCGUCAUUAACAUCAAAGAUUCCUGCUCUGGCAGUGGAGAUGCCUGGCUCAGCAGAUAUCUCAGGGCUAAACCUGCAGUUUGGAGCAUUGCAGUUUGGUUCGGAGCCUGUUCUGGCAGAGUACGAGUCUCCUCCCGCCACGAGCGCUGCUGCCAGCCAGGCCCAGAGCAGCCUGUACACCAGCACAGCCAGUGAAUCAUCAUCUACAAUUUCGUCCAAUCAGAGCCAGGAGUCUGGUUACCAGAGCAGCACGAUGCAGACAGCAACGUUUACCUCCCAGAACAGUGCUCAGGGACCACUGUACGAGCAGAGAUCCACCCAGACCAGGCGAUACCCAAACUCCAUCUCCUCCUCACCUCAGAAAGAUCUGACCCAGGCCAAGAAUGGUUUCAGCUCUGUGCAGCCCACGCCGUUACAAACCACACAGGCUGUUGAAGGUGCUACAGGCCCCGCGGUGAAGUCUGAUUCCCCCUCUGCUCCCAACAUCCCACCCCUCAACGAUGGGGUCCCAGCAGCGUCCCUGCUGACCACAGCCAACCAGCACUCGACAGCCCUGAGCAGCCUGAGCCACAGUGAGGAGCUCCCCAGUACGACCAGUGCCCAGCUCAGCAGCACGUUGCCCGCCCAGCAGAACAGUCUGUCCUCAUCCACAUCCUCUGGGCGAACAUCGACUUCGACUCUUCUGCACACAAGUGUGGAGAGUGAAGCAAGCCUCCAUUCUUCUGCUAGCACUUUCUCCACCUCCUCCAGCACAGUGUCAGCUGCCCCACCAGUGGUGAGUGUCUCAUCCAGCCUCAGCAGUGUCAGCAGCCUGGGCCUCAGCCUCAGCAGCAAUUCCACCGUCACAGCCACCACUCGCAGCUCUGUUGCAACAACAUCAGGAAAAGCCCCUCCCAACCUCCCUCCUGGAGUCCCACCGUUGUUGCCUAAUCCGUACAUCAUGGCUCCGGGGUUGCUACACGCGUAUCCGCCACAGGUGUAUGGAUAUGAUGACUUGCAGAUGCUACAGACGAGAUUCCCAUUGGUGCAGGGGCAGGCCCAGGCAGUUGAGGGCUGCACACCAGUAGACCUUAUCUGGUUCUUGCUAGAUCAUAAAACUAUAAUUGGCUUCAUCCUGGCUCAAAGCAGGACAAUCCCCUUCCCUACGCCCACCACCCUGCUGACUGGAAGAGAUGGCAGCCUGAGCAGCAAUCCUUACUCUGGUGAUUUACCAAAAUUUGGCCGGGGUGAUGCCUCUUCCCCUGCUCCUGCAACGACUUUGGCCCAGCCCCAGCAGAGCCAGACCCAGACUCAUCACACCACUCAGCAGACCUUCUUGAACCCGGCGCUGCCUCCUGGCUACAGUUACACCAGUCUGCCCUACUACACAGGGGUACCAGGGCUCCCCAGCACCUUCCAGUAUGGGCCCGCCGUGUUCCCUGUUGCUCCUACCUCUUCCAAGCAGCAUGGUGUGAAUGUCAGCGUCAACGCAUCAGCCACCCCGUUCCAGCAGCCCAGCGGCUACGGCUCCCACGGGUACAGCACUGGUGUAUCUGUGACCUCCAGUAACACAGGAGUGCCGGACAUCUCGGGCUCUGUCUACUCCAAAACUCAGGUUAGUGCCUGGUGUGUGUCCCAGGAAGCGUAUCCCCCCACCCCCUGCCUGCACAUCCUCACCCCGCAUCAGCAGCCCCACUCCCAGAUCCUCCACCACCACCUGCAGCAGGACGGGCAGAGCGGCUCCGGGCAGCGCAGCCAAGGCAGCUCCAUCCCCCAGAAAUCCCAGGCCAACAAGUCUGCCUACAACAGCUACAGCUGGGGAGCCAACUGA